UCAUUCACAAGGUAUCCCUCUACCAGUCCUGGAGCUUUCUCCCGGUUUACUGAGUAAAUUACAAGAACAUGUUCAUCCACCACUGAUGGAGAUUGUGGUAGAAAAAAUGCCAGAGCUGCCUGAGGAAAUCCUGAUGGAUAUAUUUGACCUUCUAGAGAUCCCUGACCUUGUGCGGGCGGGCUCUGUUUGCUCCUCCUGGAACAGUGCGUAUACCAGAAUACGUAACAUCGGGCAGCAGAAACAGGCACAGACACCAUGCCUCCUCUACACUUCAGAAUCAGCUGGUGAGAAUGUUGCUUGCCUCUUCAGCCUUGCAGAAAAGAGGGCCUACAAAUUAACUCUCCCCGAGCCACCCAUCCAUCGAAGGUAUCUGAUUGGGUCCUCACACGGAUGGGUAAUUACUGUUGACGAGCGGUCUGAGAUGCACCUUGUCAAUCCAAUCACUAGUGAACAAAUCGCACUCCCUUCUGUGAUCACCAUUGAGCAAGUGGCACCCAUUUAUGACAAUACAGGUGCAAUAUGCAAGUAUAAUUACUCAAUGAGCAUCAAAAAGUCAGUUACUAGACCACCCUUGACACUUGGUCUUGAGAAGCUACGGUACUACUUCCAUCAUAAGGCACACAUAUUUUAUGAUGCAUCUGUAGGAAGCUAUAUUGUGGUGUUCAUCCACAAUCCAUUUGGUCAGCUCGUAUUUGCUAGGUUAGGGGAUGACAAGUGGACUCGAUUGUCAUCCUACACAAAUUUUCAGGACUGCAUCUACCAGGAUGGUGUAUUAUAUGCAGUGACAGCAUUUGGUGAAAUUAUCGCCUUUGAUCUCAAAGGACCAGUGGUCGGAACAAAGAUAAUUAUGGACAGGGUGAAGAAUCUUUAUGGCGGGGAGAGGGUUUACAUUGUUCAGGCUCCAUGGGGUGAUCUGCUGCAAGUUUGGAGACCAGAAAUAUGGAUACAAGAAGAGGUGGAUGGGCAUCGGCAUGAGGCAACAUUUCAGCACAAAAUGAAGUGGAUGGAAAUAUAUAAAGUUUGUACUGUGACAAAAAAACUAGUGCAGAUGAAUAGCUUGGAUGAUCAUAUAUUGUUUCUCGGGAGUAACCAGUCACUCUGUUCCCAUGCUAAGGAAUAUCCGCACUUGAAACCAAAUCACGUCUACUUCACUGAUGAUGUUGAGCUUGUGGCUUCCAGUUGCGAAUGGGGCUACCGCCUAAAUAUUGGAGUCCUUAACUUUGCAGACAAGAGCGUCGAAGAAAUUAUAUCACCUCGGCCUUGGUCCAACUGCUUGGCACCGUUGUUCAUCGUACCAAAUCCUAGGAAGUUGGAUUUGGCAUUGCACAUUUAGAUGCAAGUAUUAAGGCCUAAAAUCCCUUUAUGAACAUGUCUUUAAUAUUUUUGUACUUACUAGAAUCUCCAGUACUUGGUUUUAUGAAUUUGGCAAGAUGCUUUUGUAAUGUAAGAGCAAGGAUUAUGGUAGCAAAAGCGAGGGGUAUUCCCUCUCGUAUUAAGAUAAUUAUCAUUUCAGACAUCGACAUAGUUGCCAGAGUAC